AUGGCUGAUCCUAACACGUCGCAUGGCCAACUGCCACCAUUGCCAUCAGGACAAAACACAGGCAAAAACAGUAAGAAGAAUAAAGCCAAGAAGGCCAAGGCAAAGGCCAAGAAAGCUCAAUUGCAAACGGAGUCCCAACCUCAAUCACCAGUUGAGGAGGCGCUUACAGUACCGGAGGACCCUAUUGCACAGGCGCCAACUGAUCGAAGAACUAGUUUAUUGGCACCCGAAAACCAUAUGCCUGUUUCUAGCAUUCCUACCAACAAUAAGGAAAUUGGUGAUGCAAUAAGUGGAAUUGCCCAAGAAAGUGCAAUUGCUACCAGGGAAACCAUAAGGAGGAGUCUGAUCGCUGAUGCUGAAGGGACCGCAAGAGAAGUGGGGAAAUUCUCAGCUCCAGCAAAAGCAUUGGAGGAAGAACCUCGUACCACCGAAUUGAAUAGUUCUGCUGAACCACAGGCUGAGGAUCCAGAGGCUGAUGACCCAAUGACCUUGGUUUCAGAUUUGCCUACUAGCGAGUUGAAAGAAUACAUCCCCGAAGACAAAGAAGUAGCAGUUAUAGAAUUUGAGCCUACUGCUGAACAAUUAGUAGAGGAAAAUAGUUCCAGAAAACCCAGCAUUGUUUCCUCCCAUAAAGAACUCGAAGAAGAACAUGAAGACCAAAAUGAACCCCAAGUAGCUGAAAAGGAAGAACUCACAGUAGAAGCGGAUGCUGACCCUAAGAAAGCUGAAUCAGAACUGAAAUCCUCGGAUCCAAUUCCUUGGGAAAAUGUAACAAAGGUACCAACACUCAUCGAUCAUCCUGCCAUCCCAACAGAGGAAGAAGGCGAAGAGGAGAUACAAGCAAAUAAGGAAACGAGCAACACUGCUACCCCGGAAUUUGCGACCGACUUGAACCAAUCUGGAGGAUUGCCUUGGGACUCUGCUGCUGAUGAGAAACAGACAGAGCCACUUCCAUGGGAAACUCAACAUGAGGAAAAGGAGGUUCAAAGACUCUGGGAGGCCCCCACAGAAGUCAAAGAGCCCGAACUGCAACAUGAACAAGAUACUUCAAAAUCUAACAACGUUGACGCGAAGGAAGUUGUGCAACAGUAUGGAGUCGAGGGCGAAAAGGACCAAGGUAGCGAGCUCCCUUGGGAUGCUAAGGAAGGUGCUACUACAGAAGCAACUCUUCCAUGGGUUACAGAAGCAUCGGGUAGAGUAAACGAACCACUUCCAUGGGAGGAGAAUCAAGCUAUAAUUGACGACGAGGAUCUUCCUUGGAAUUCAAAUGCUACAGAGGAUAAGUUUAAUGAAGAUAAAUUCUAUAACAAUGAAGGCGAAAAUAUAGAACAAGGAAAAGCCGACCCACUUCCCUGGGAAGCGGGAGUACCCCAGGGACAAAUUGAAUCAUCUCAAAUUGAAUCCAAUGAAUUUAACGGCGACAACAAUGAGCCUUCUAUUGAACCUGAGCCGAAUCAAACUGCAAAACUCAUCCAUGAUCUUGCAAAAUUCGACCUUCCAAAAAGCACUGAAGAAUUUGCAGGAAAAGAAGCUGAAGUAUCGAAUGCCGUCUAUGAUGACCUGGUUGAUCAUUCCUCUGAUUUUGCAAAGGCGCCAUCAGAAGGGAAAUCAAGUUCUAAGUUAGAAAAUAUUUUUGACGAUAUUGAUGAAGAAGAAUUGGAUGAUGGUUUUUUCCUGAAGCUAGGAGAAGUGAAAAAGGAGAAAGAGGCUGGAAGUAACCAAAAUACAGACAAAGCUCGCUCUCUCUCAUUUCUUGAUGAUGAUGAUUUACUCUUUGAGGAAGAGGUGAGUGAUGCCCCGGUGCAGAGUCAGCCUCAAUCCAAUUUUCAAAGUCAGCAAAAGCCUGUUCCUGUUAGGCAACAUUCAUACAUACCAGCUGGUAAUCCUCCUUCAAACAGAUAUACUUCGGAAGGUAGUCAACCUAUUAUCCACUCUUCAGAUUUCUCAUCUAAGCUUAAUGAAGUAAAGAAGAGAAAUGAUGCUUACGAUUUCCCAAUGCCUAUUGUUUCUGACAAGGUUAAACCUGCUCCACGCAGGCAACAAUCGAACAAGUACGGCCCCUCUUCGUCAACAAACGUUUCUAGCAUUAAUCCAGGUCCAGCAAAGCAACAAAGUAUAAGUGUGCCAGGUACAGCUUCAAGUUCUACUUCAAUUUCGCCAAGCGUUACUCCUGCAGGUCCUCCAAAAUCAUUUUUUGAGGAACUCCCGAUUUCUAUGCCUAAGCCAGCUCCUAGGCCACCAAGAGCACCAAGGGCCACCAACAAUCCAAUACAGUCUCCGAAUAAUUUGCAACCUCAGGCUCAUGUUCAACAACCACCACAUGUAUCUCCAAAUGUAAAUUUUCAGGCUCAAGUAAAUGUUAAACCAAACCCAUAUGCUCCUAAGAUUAGCAAUGCUCCCCCAACUCCUACCAAUGUUAGAUCUGGCGUUGUACCACCUCCUGCUCUUCCACCUAAUAACAAUUUCAAUCAAGGAAAUCAGAAUUUCAAUGGAGGUAAUAUACCUUCUCAAGCAGUACCUCCUCCAUCGAUUUUACAUCCCGGCCAAAUUCAACCUUUUCCACAACAUCCAGAGCAAUUUCCCUUGGUAAGUCCACAACAGCAGAACUUCCCCCUUCAGUUUGGAAAUAGUCAACGUAAGUUAUCAAAUCCACAACCUUCUAAUACGAUAAAUACAAAUGUCAGCAAAGCUCCUAGUUCGGGAUCUGCUACUAGUCCAUAUGUGCCCAAUGCUGGCCCAUACGCACCAAAUGGACAUAGGAGGACUCAUUCUAGAGCUAGCUCAUUAGUCGGAGGUAAAGGUAAGGAAAUAAAUCCUUAUGCUCCUGCUUUGCCUGUCGUAAAUCAAGCUAAUGGACCACCUCAAUUUAUCAACUCUGGUGGUAACAAUUUGUUGCCUUCUACAGGUGUUGUACCUCCAACUAAUCCAGUAAGUUCUCCACAAGUUGGCCCCAUUCCUAAAUCUAAUUUGCCGCCUGUUGGUAUUGCAUCACAGCAACAUCAAUUCUCACAACAACCCCAACAACCCCAACAACAAUUGCAGUUGCAUCCUCCACCUGGUGGAAAUAGAGUACGGGGUAUGUCGAAUCCCAAGUCAAGCUUUUAUAGUAGAGGUCAAGUUUUACUGCAAAGUCAGCCAGCGCCUAAGGUUCAAAACCCACAGGCAUUACUUUCAAGACAGUUUCCAAUUUUCAGCUGGAGUAAUUCCGGAAAUGUUGCAUAUUUAAUUCCGAAAAGGACAACAAACACAUAUGGAAACGCUCCUAGCGAAGAACUUACUAUAAGUGGAGUCACUAAAUUGUUGAGAUUUAAUGAAACUCUAGCUACGUUUCCGGGUCCUCUAGGAAAGUCCUCAUCAAAAACUAAAAAGAAAGACUUAGAAAAAUGGCUAGAAUACAAUAUUGAAAGAAUGAGCAAAGAUGAGUUAACAUUGGAAAGAUCAAAUGAGAUAGUAUUGAAUCAAAUUUUGUUAGCGUUGAUCCAGACCAAUGGGGACAUUAGAUCCAAACAGUUUGCUGAAAUUAUUUGCCCAAUAUUAAGUCCACAAAUUAAUUUUAAGUCAGAUUCCCCACCGCUGGAAUUGGCAUCGUCUUCAACCAUCAGUCUUGGAGCGCCCACUGGAUAUAAGUUAGACAACUCCGGCUUGAAUGUUGUAUUGAGCUUCUUGCAAGUGGGUAAAGUUGAAGAGGGAAUUUCUUUCUGUAUUUCUAAGGGUGACUGGACCAUGGCACUCAUGAUUGCGAAUAUUGAAGGUCAAGAAAAGUUCCAAAAAAUUGCUUCUGACUAUGCUAGAGUGACAUUCCCAUUUCAAAAAUCGCAAAGUAAAGUUCAUCAUUUAAUGCCAAUAUUAUUAAAGGCAGUAAAUGGAUCAUCAUCUAGUGUAAUUCAAGAAUUUUUAAGCGUACCUUCGGAAGCAGAAUGGGCAUUACAGCAUUGGAGAGAUAUUAUUUCUCUGAUAUUUAUAAAUGGAGGUAAGAAUUCUGCCGACUUUUGUAUUGAGUUUGGUAAGUACUUAAGUGGCUGCCCAGGGUUUGCCAUUGUAAGUGACAUUUGUUUCAUUUUGGGAGGUGCUUCACUUUCUCCUAUAGUCUCUCCAUUGAAUGGAGUAUUGUUUUCUAUAAUUGGUGCUGAGACGGUUUCAACUUCUAUAUAUUCAGAAAUUUUUGAAUUUUCCUUACAAUUGAAUCCAUCUGUUCAGGCUAUGCCACUUAGUGGAUUACCACAUUUAUAUCCACUCAAGUUGAGAUACGCACUGCUCUUAGCUGACUACGGUCUAUUUACUGAGUCCCAGAGAUACUGUGAUUUCUUGGGCCCAGUUUUAAAGACAAGUUCAGGGACUAGUGCGCAGAAUAGUUUAAUUUGGCGUGAGUUCAAGGACUUGGCAAUGAGACUUUCAUCUACAAAUUAUCAAGAUUCUGGUUGGUUUGGAAAUAAAAUUAGCAAAGUUAACCUUGACAAAAUGUGGGGACACUUGGACAAAUUUAUUGGAGGGGAAGAACCAAAGAGUAAUGGGGAGAAUGGUGUGUUUAGCAAAUUUAGUCCUUCGGUUUCGAGGACGGCUUCAACUUUAGACUUUACAGCUCUUAAUGCUACUAACCCAAUCAACUCCAAUAGUAGCACGCUUCAUAACCAUAAUACCCCUCAACAUGGUAGAUCAACUUAUCAAGAAAAUGUGACUUCAUCAUACCCUUCAGCUCCGGUAACUGCAUCAGACAAUUCUACCUUUGCUUACAAUUCUCAUAGAACUAAUGAAUUUUAUGACGGUAGAGUCAUUCAACAGCCACCACCACUAGUAAGAAAUAAUACAUCUGGUGGAUCGAAAUACGCCCCGAUGUCAAUUCAACAGCUUCAGCAGCAUUCUCAACCAGCAGAGGGAUAUACUUUACCACAACCCCCUCUUCUGCACUAUUUAGAGAACACAUCGAGAUAUGCUCCUUCUAAUAUGUCGUCUCUGAGUUUACAUUUGAAUAAUGUAAACUCCGAUAACCAGGCUAAGAAAAUUCAAAGAGAAAGGCAAUCCUCACAAGUUGCCCUUGAAAAUUCUUUAACAGAUCGUCCAUUCUCAUAUAUGAAUCCUGCUGGCCAAUAUUCGAAUCUGUCUAAUUUAUCGCAUCAAGCCUCCAUUGAUCCAACUGUAAAUGCUGCUAGUGGAGAGUUCAAGUCGUUCAAGUCUGAUCAUUAUCAACAAGCAGCCCAUCAUUCUCUGAGUCACCAUCACAAUCAAUUGAGUAAUGAUCUUAGUCCACCCAACUUCCAGCAGCAACAGCACCAGGCAAAUCAUGAGCUUUCUGAGGGCCGAAAUUCUUUAAUACAAUCUACCCCAAAGGCAUUCCAUCCUUCAAUGGGUAAAAGACAAUCUGUGGAAAGCAUCACCACAGAAAACUUUGGAAACCCUGAGGCAAUCCGUGAACACACACACUCACCUUCUGCACAAAGUGACAUUAGUAUGGAUUACCCAUCAGAUUUCAAACCUCCAUCCAGGAAGUUUGGCUUUAAUUCUAUUUCUUCUCCAACUGAAUCACCCGAAAAGAAACGGGAUGUGCCGGUGCCGAUCGCAAAUUCUCCUGACUUGAAAAAGGUCAAACCUGAUUUCAAACAAGAUGAAUCACAAUCUAUUCCUCCCCCACCGGUUAAACCACCCCCAAGCUCACAGAGAGAGAGAGUCAACCCAUAUGCCCCAGGAGGCAGCACUAAGUCCAUUUCUAGAAAAUCUAAAUAUGGACCUCCUCCUGGAAGUGUGCAGAAUGAUUCUCAAAUAGUGCCACCCCCCACAAUAGAAGGCAAUAUGUAUAGCUUUGGUGGCUACCAUACUACAACUAAAGAGGAUAUUGAAGCUUCCAAGGACGAAAACAAGGAAGUCGAUAAUCAAUCAGCUCCUCCACAUUCUGGAGAGCCAUUUGUGACUCAACAACAAGUGGAACCAAUUGCAACGCAAAAGGGAUCAGAAUCCAAUCAAAUUAACAUUGAUGAUAGCUUCGAUGGAGAUUUUGACAACGAAAAGCUUAGGAUACCAAAUCCAGCCAAACUUCUAGUUACGGAUACUUUAGGAGGAGUCUCUCCAUCUGUAAAACAUCAGUCAAUGUAUAAUUCUUUUCAAAGUGAUGUUGAUAGUUUACCUAGAGGUUCUAACUUUAAUAACUUCGGGGAAUUCCCAGUCCCUGGAACACCCGAUUACACCACGAGAGCUAACUCGGUUAUCGGAGGAAAUGGUGGGUACUUUUCAUCUAGAUUAUCGCAAUCACAUCAAUCUGCAAUGUAUCAACAAUAUGAAGUUGAAGAUGAUACUGUUCAAGAAUAUAUUCCUGUAGUUGAAGAAGAAGAUGAAGAAGAAGAUCUUGAAACUAAAAAGGAAAGAGAAUUGAAAUUGAAAAAACUUGAAGAAGAAGCCAAAGCUAGAGCAAAAGUUGCAGAAGAGGAACAAAAAAGAAGAGAGUCUGAGGAGAAACGGAAAUCAAAGGAAAAAGAAGAGGAAAAUAAGAAGCACUCUGGCCAAGCAGGUGGAAAUGGUUGGUUCGGUGGCUGGUUAGGUGGCGGUAAAGACGACGGUAAGCCAAAGGCAAUUAGAGCUAAAUUAGGUGAGAAGAAUAAGUUUUAUUAUGAUGAGAAAUUAAAGAAGUGGAUCAAUAAAGAUCUCCCUCUCGAGGAUCAAAUCAAGCCAUCUGGCCCCCCUCCCCCACCUAAGAUGAAAAUGUCGAAUGCACCACAAAGAAGUUCCCCUUCGCCAGGGGAUGGACCUCCUAGCCACCCAACUCAGUCAAUUGGUUCAAAUGCCACACCUGAAGUACCGCUUGGAGGUCAUGGCACACCAAGCACUGAUGGGCCCAAACCUCCACUUGGAAAUACCUCUACUCCGUCACUUUCUUCUGCAGGCUCAAAGGCGCCUAGUCUAGCAACGGCGGGGCUCGAUGAUUUACUAUCCAUUGGAACUCCACCUGCUGGAGGUGCACCAAGAAAAGGUAAAAGGGGACCGAAGAGAGGGUAUGUUAACGUUCUUAACCAAGACAAAUAA